AACCAUCAAUUCAUUUCCUAAGCACUCGUAUAGCUCUACAGCCCCACCAAAGAUCAUCAAAUCAUGUCCGCCUAUGACAAUGCCGCUCCAGCGCGACGACCCGAUAUCAAGAAGAAGCUCGUAGUCGUUGGAGAUGGAGGUUGUGGAAAGACUUGUCUCUUAACGGUCUAUGCCGAGAACCGGUUCCCCGUGGAAUACGUUCCCACCGUUUUCGAAAACCUCAUGACCAUGAUCCCCUCCCCCACCGACCCUUCAAAAAUCAUCGAACUCGCCCUUUGGGAUACCGCCGGUCAAGAAGACUUUGACAGACUACGGCCGUUGAGCUAUAACGACACGGACGUGAUCCUUAUUGUGUUUGCUUGCAACCACCGCCCAAGCUUGUUGAACGUACAAGAUAAGUGGUUCCCAGAAAUGGCCCAUUUCUGCGAAAACGUCCCCCUCGUCCUUGUCUGCACCAAGACAGAUCUCCGUACCGAACAGCAAACACAAUCCCUCAUGGCUGCUCAAGGAACAACGCCCAUCACUACGCAAGAGGGCGAGCGCGUGGCGAAAGAGAUUGGGGCGAGACGGUAUAUGGAGUGUUCGGCCAAGGAAGGGCUGGGAGUGAGAGAUGUCUUUGAUGCUGCUGUGAGAGAAAGCUUGAAGAAGGGUGGACUGAAGAAGAUGAAGGGGAAGAAGUGCGUUGUGCUGUAAGGCGCUGCUAGGAUGGAGAGGAGAGUGAGAGCGUAUUUUGGUGGGAUUUGACGACGAGCAUGCUUCGCCCAUGACCACGAAGUUGUACUGUAAUGAUUACGAGCUUAUAUACCACAGUUCCCGAUUGAUUAGAUCUAUAUAUCUACACGAUGGAUUCCACAUAACCAUGACCGGAAUGGGUUGUCAAGCAAGCUGAGGGUCCAAAUACCCC